AUGGCGGCGGAAGAAUACCGCCAGCUCCUCCUCGCCGCCGCCGCGACCGCCCGUCGGAGCCCCGCGGACGAGUCGCUGCCGCCGCCGCCGGCUUUCUCUCUUCUGCCGGCGGCCGGCGAGCCAUCGGCGAGCGACUGGCUUCACCAAUUGCACCGGUGCCGCGGGCAGGAGUUCCACUUCGCCGGCGACGGCGGAGCGGCGACAGCGGCGCCUACUAAGGUACAGAGGAUGUUCAGAGGGGUGAGACAAAGGCAGUGGGGGAAGUGGGUGGCGGAGAUACGGCUGCCCAGAAACCGGACGAGGGUCUGGCUGGGCACCUUCAACACGGCGGAGGACGCUGCCAUGGCCUACGACGCCGCCGCCUACCAUCUCCGAGGGGCUCACGCCAACCUCAACUUCCCCCACCUGCUCUACCGCCUCCUCGCCGCCGGCGACCAUCCCGCCGGCGACGACCUGCACUCCGCCACCGUCUCCCUCCUCGAAGCCAAGAUUAAGGCCUCCUCUUCCGACGGGUCCCCCCAUGCGCCGCCGCUGCCGCCGGCGACACCACCGCCGCGGGCGGGGAACAACAGCAAGCUGCGUCACCAUCACCGGCAGGGCUCGCCGGUUGCUUCGCCGCCGGUUAAGAGAAGGAAGGGGCCAUCGGAGGAGAGUCCGAGCAGGUGGGAGGACGGCGGCGGCGGCCUGUUGCUGCUGAGUAGGAUGCCUUCCCUCGACAUCGAGACCAUCUGGGAGGCUCUCCCGUCGAGCUCCUCCUGA